AUGUUGGUGGAAUUUGAUGACCCUAGAGACAAGAUACGAGUUCUUCACAAUGGCCCAUGGACUUUCAACAAACAGCUGGUGCUAACCAAGGUGUUUGAGGGCCAUUUACAGGCACAUAAAGUUUCUAUGACAACAGCAGACUUUUGGGUAAGAAUCCAUGAUUUACCAAUGAUUGCAUGUAAUGAAUAUGUUGGAAAAUUGAUUGGGGACACGUUGGGUAAGGUUAUCGAGGUGGAUUUAGACUAUGACGAUCUAGCCUGGGGGGAGUAUAUGAGAGUCCGACUAGCACUGGACAUCACAAAGCCCCUGUUACAGCGGAAGAAGAUAAGCCUGGGUGACCAUCGAGAUUACUGGGUUCGGUUCACCUAUGAGAGGUUGCCGGAUUUUUGCUACCAGUGUGGAAGUUUGGGGCACUCCCACCGUGAGUGUGACAUUUGGAAAUCUCGAAGCACAGAUUCUGAAGAUGGGGUGAUUUUGAAUGAAGAUGACCUGAGCAAACAGGUACACUCUGAGGAAGAAGGAGCUGCCAAAGUCUCGGAUGAGGUCAUAUCCAACCGUCAGGAAACCCCUUCAAGGGCCAGGGUCUCGAGUUCACCUUCUCAUGGGCCUUCACAGGAUCAUUUGCUGGGUCCACCAGAGACCACUUCUGAUGGGCUCUCUCGGCCCAAAUAA